AUCAAAUGUUCAUGUUUCAUUCAUUGUUUCGCGAAUUUCGGUAGUUCAUUCAUGAAAACAGAAAUAUGUGUAAGCUCAAACUUACGUUGAUAGUAUUAGUUUCAUUCAUCGUCUUCAAUGUUACAGGGUUAAACGAGAAACAGAUGAAAGCCGCUGUAAAGGUGGUGAGGAAUGUUUGCAUGCCCAAAUCUAAGGCUACAGAUGAGGACAUUGAUAAAAUGCACAAGGGAGAUUGGAACAUCGAUCACACUGCAAUGUGUUACAUGCAUUGCGCCUUGAAUAUGUAUAAGUUGAUAAACAAAGAUAAUACAUUCAAUUAUGAGUCAGCAUUGAACCAACUCAAACAGUUGCCAGAAUCUUACAAAGAAAGUACAAAAAUUUGCAUGGAGAAGUGUAAAGAUGCUGCUGUAACCUUAGAUGACAAAUGUGUUGCUGCAUAUGAGUUGACCAAAUGCAUGUAUAUGUGUAAUCCAGAGAAAUACUUCCUACCAUGAUUGAGAAAAUACUACUUGAAGGCGUCAUAACAUAUC